GUCACGGAGCACUUAGGCCGAGGGCGGCACUGGUACAGGAAGUAUGAGCUUCUGGAGAAGAUCAAGGAGGACGCGGUGGUUGAGCUCAAGUCCGAGCUGAAGUUUGCCAGAAUGUCAGAGGACUUCCAACACCAGUUGUUUUUCCGUUUUCUGACUGUGCCACCUCAGGAGCGGGCCGUUCACAAGGCCAUGGACUUCAAUGAACAACAGGCACAGCUGACCGACAAGCUCGACAAGACCAACUUGGUCGUUGCCGCGCAGGAUCGCGACAUAGUCAGGAAGCGCCAGGAG